AUAUGUAUAGAUCCAUAGGAACAUACGAUUUAAGAGCUGGACGUAAAAUCUUAAUCCAUGAUGCAUGUUGAAGGAGGAUGAUUCUUGGAUGAGUGUCGAUGCGCAUCGCCACCGUGGAAGAACAGGGACUUACUGCGCACACACAUAGUUGGCUGACGGACUCGUGUGAAAGUAGACUGUUUGCAGUGCCAGGCCGAUCCAGAAAUUAAACGCGGUGACAGGCAUCUAAGUGAAAAUGUAUCAGUUUCCCGUUGCAAAUAUUGAGAAGAUCCGAAAAACGCGGCGGAAAGUGAAAAAGAUCCUCGGUGAUUUUGGCCUGGAGGACUGCCAAAACUUUCUGAAGGAACUCCGAGAAAAAUCUGAAGAAAAUACUGAUGAAGAUAAGACUUUCAAGGAGACCGAAUGGGUUGAUUUCACUGAUGGCUUCAAUGGCAGAAUGAAGAAAAAGUGGCCAUAUCGGUCUCGAUCACUGUGCUGCAGCCUGUGUAAGUAUUCUACAAGGAACAUCCACAGAUUCAGGAGCCACAUCCAGCGAAACCAUGACUUUGAACAGUCAUCAUGUGCUCUGACACCCUGCUCUCAAUGCCACUUUCUCAGCCAUUCCAGGGCUGUGAAGAAGCACAUGUUGUAUUUCCACACCACGGUUUCCAAUCAUACCCAAACAGCCAGGGAAGGACACUUACCUACACACCGUGGAAAUGAGAGGUAUCAGUGUCGAAAAUGUGGAUUUCCUAGCUCUUCCAUCUUUGCAAUGAAGAAGCAUGUCAUUCUUAAGCACCUUGAAAGUUUGGCACAAGAGUUUAUUGGUUACAGACCACAAGGGCAAGGACAAAGAUGCUACUGCUGCAAAGUGUGUAAGGUAAUUACUGGAAGUCUGGAUCAAAUGUUUCAUCAUAUGUUAACUGACCCAAAGCACCAUUAUUGGGUUAACUCACAGGUACAGAUUUUAAUAAGUGAAAACAAAAAUUACAUGAUCAAACCACCGCCUAAUGGGAGUGGUAUGUUUGUAACAUUUCCAAAUAUUGCUUCUAAGCCCCACCAAGUUCAAACACUCAGUAAUGGGUCCCUGGUCUUACCGAACAAUGGCCAACAAGCUGGGACAGUGGUUGCCUUACAACAACUACAAGGGGGUCCAAGCAGCACCACUCUGAUAUGUACCACAAGGACCAACCAGGCAUUUUUACCCCCUCAAGCUUCUGCCCUAGUGCAGCUUGCUAGUGCUGAGGCUAAAGGUCUACUACAACCUGGUGCAACUAUAGCCCUCCAAGGUACUUUCCCCCAGGGAUCACCUAUGGUCCAGCUUCCCACAACAUCUAAUAUCUCUCUGAGACAAGCACCACUGGCUCUAGCUCCAGUCCCUGGGCACCCACCACAGAACCCACAAGCCCAACAAAUCCUUAUUCCAAAACCACUAACAGUCAGUGUAGCAGGGAUGGCAAGUUCAUCAUCUCAGCCUGCUGCGGUUACCCAAAACUUAAUAACAAACCAAAUCCCCCCACGUGGCACAAUGCUAACUUCACAGUCCCUGCUGAAUCACCUGAUCCCCACUGGCAACAAGGUUAAUGGCUUACCAACAUACACCUUUGCUCCACUUCCGGUGACAAUGCCCAUCUCACAUAGCACAAGUGGCCCUCUCAAGCCAGUUGAGUCAUCAAACAAUGUAUCGCUGCAAACUAAAAAAUGGAUUACCUGCCCCCUUUGCAAUGAACUUUUCCCUUCUAAUGUGUUUGACAUGCACACAGAAGUAGCCCACAAGACAAAAACAAGUACCAGUACAUCCAAAUCUGAAAGUAUGGCUGCCCGAGCACCAUUUCUGAAGAAAAUGCCUGAUAAUACUGUCAAAUGCUUAUUGUGCAAAAAUCUGCUGUCAGAAAAGUCUGUAUUCCCACACUUGCUGCACGGUCUGAAUUGCUUGUACUGUUCAGCUUUGUUCUUCUCGAUCAAACAACUCAUUGAACAUAUUAAGGGACACAAUCCUUCAGCGAAGACAUACUGUGACUUCCAGAGGCGAGAGUACAAAGUGUACACAAACAGUGCUGGCAGAAUACUUUUCCCUCACUUUGAUAUGACUACCACUGCACCAAAGGAAGUCCUAGGAGAGAUGGAGGUCAACCUGGCUCUAGUAACAAAUUCCCUCGACCUGAUUUUUGUGAAGAUGAUGCCGAGCAGCCAUCCGGAUGUCUGCCAGACAUCAGUGAAAAUCAACAGUGCAUACUGCCCCUUCUGUGACGAAAGGUUCCAGAACGCUGCCAAACACUUAGAACAUUUAAAGGAAAAACAUUUUGUAGCACCCACGAUCCAUGCUAUUCUCAAGACUGAGGCAUUCAAGUGCAUAUACUGCAAUGGAGUAUACACAGGAAAGGUCACUCAGCAUGCGGUAAUGCUUCAUAUACAGCGUUGCCGGUGCUCGCCUAAGAAACAGCCAGAGCCACCCAAGUCUCAAGAAAGCAAAGAACCUAGAAAAAUACCAGUCAAACCACCAGCUGAACUGAUCAGUCAGCCACCUGGAUUGUACUUCCUCCAAAUACAGCAAACGCAAGCUACAAAACAAACUAGUUCUAAAGUUCCAGUUCUCGCUCCAACUCUGAAACCUCCCUCUGUGCCGAUCAUCAAGCCUGCCCUUGACCCUGUAGAGACAGAAGAAGAGGCACAGAGCAAGAAGAGGCUUGAGGAAGCAUGGAAGCAGGUGGUUGAGGCCAACAGGCGGGAGAGAGAGGAAAGGGCAGCAAUGCGCAAGAGACGAGAGCAGGAAAAGCUACUAGUCCCACCACAGCCUGAGCCUCUGAGCGAGCCCUCUGUGAAGUUGUUGUUGGAGCCAACCUUAGUUGAGCGUCGCUCAAAUGAGGAACGGAAAGACUUCAUAUGUAGAUACUUUAAUCUAAACCCCUACAUAACGAAAAGUGAGACUGAUGAGCUGUGCAAAAGGCUGUCCCUCACAAAAACUGAGUUGGCAGCCCACUUUGGGAACAAGCGAAGCAAGUGCAUGAAGAGUAUCAAGAGGAGCACUGCUAAAGUUCUCUACGGCUUCAACAUGACAGAGUUAAAAAAACUCAAGCACAACCUUUACAUCCCUGAAGUGCUGCCUGCUGAACCCGCAGAGCCAUUGGAAAAAGAACCAGAAUCAAUGGAAGAGUCUGGAGACUCUGAGAAAAUGGAUGUGGAACAAGAACCUGAAAUGGAAAAAAAUGCUAACAUAAAUGUUUCUGACAGAGUAGAAUAAAAUGA